GUGACGUCAGUCAGGGGCAAAUCGGGAGGUUUUUGAUUUUUCAAUCCCGAUUUCAUAUUGCAGAAGAUAGAAUGAUAUUUGAAAAAGUUUUAUAAUAAAGAUGAAAACACUUGUGAAUUAUCAAGUGCUGCUGGAAGUCUCCUGCAAUGUACAUGAAAAGUAGUAUGUGUGUGUUUACAUUUCUUGUUUUUGUUUAAUGUUUUUUGUUUUGUAAUUAUCACUUAAGUAUGUUAUAAAAUGGCUGCCUGAAGUAAUAUUUGUGGCAGUUUUUGGACUCCUCUCUGAAAGGAGAAAAAGCUAUUAUGCUGCCAGCAGAUCGUGGUCCACAAUAGUUUCUCUCUCUCUCUCUCAUUGCUGAAACGGCCAGCAAGGGCAUUGGUUUAGUGCUUGCCACUUACUGCAGUUUGGAAACAUAAAUGACUUUCUUAUGACAUUAUUGUUUUGUGGAUAUUGUGGAAAAAUAAUGAAAUAUCCUCAAUUAGUAUCAAGCACUACUCCUGCAUCCCUUCAAGAUUGGUUAGAAGGUGAACUGGAAAACUUGGGUAUUGAUGGAGUUUAUACACGCUACAUUUUAAGUCUUCUUAAAGAAGAUGGUGCUGAUCUUGAUCCACCAGAAUGUGAGCACUUAUUUGGUAAACUUGAAAAGUCUCAAUACAAGCAAUCUGGGAAUUAUCAUAAUCUAGGUAAAGAAUUAACGGUGCCACUUUCUGGAAAAUUAAGACAGAAAUGGAAAAGCUGGGAGAAGGAAAAGCUGUUUAAAUCAGAAAUUUAUCGUUGCAACUGUAUGGUGCUAUUUGAUUCAGAGGAGAGGAAAAAAAGUGUUGCAGUUGAAUGUUUGAAAUCUGCAUCUGAACAGAAAAAUGGAAUAGAAAAACUAAUUGAUGAAGUUUGUGCCAAAUUGAAGAAGAUCCAGUGUUCAGAAGUUAACUCAAAAGAAUGUACAAAGGAUGAACUUGGAUCAAAAGUGUUACUUUCAUCUCCCCAGGAACAAGCAGAAAAAUACUAUGCAGCCUUUCCAGCUCUUUGUGGCAAAAUUGAACCAUUGGCCCAGCUGUGCCAACAGCAAGAGAGCAAGAAAGUUGAAUCUGUAUGGGAGAGAAAGAAAAAUAGCUUUGAUGAUGGAAUUGGCAGUUCUUUCUAUGUACAAGAAUAUACUGACACACCAUCAGAAGAAGAAUUGUAUUCAGACUGUGAUAAUUUUGAUAAGCAUAGUGAUAUGUCAGAUAAAGAAAAUGAUGAUGAGAUGUUGAAAUUAGAAGUAGCAAAGAAAAUCUCACAAAAUAGAAAUGAUCAGAAACCUUCAUUCAUUGUUCCCAAACUGAAGAUGUCUGUACAUCGAAUACCUUUUUCUGUUAAAUGUUUACCCUUCACUCCAAUUAAUGUUGCUGAAAAGAAGAUACUUAAUAAGCUUGAUGAUUCAAUGACCCAAAUUAAUCGCUUUAAUUCAAAUAAAACAAAUGAAAUUAAUUCGAAUAAGAAUAAUCCACAUGUUGUUCCUGUCAAUGAUAUAAAUUUAACUGAAACCAAAGUUGAAGAUUAUAAUCAUGCUUGGGAAGAUGUAAUUAUAAAUACGAAAGAAUUAGAUGUUUUGUCAUAUCCUGCAACUUUAGGUGUUUCAUUUAAUGAUACAUUAGAAAAAGAAGAUUACAUUUAUAAUAAUUUUGCUGGUAAAUUUAAUAAUCAGUUGGCAUCAAUCUGGGCUCAGAAUGAUUUAUCAAAUUGUAGUUUUGAAUUUAAUUAUCCACUUAUAUUUGAAGUUUCAUUGAAAGAAAACAUUAAAAAAUCAUGCUUUUCUGUAAAACUUCUGGAAGAAUCUAUAAAAGAUAUUAAAUCUAUAUGGACUGUCAGUCCAGAUGAUUUUAAAUUGCUAAGUCCAUCAUCAUCAAAACUAUUCCCAUUAGCUUAUCUUCUGGCAAACAAUGUAGCAUCUGAACCAGAAAUAGAAAUGAAAAAUGAUAAACAGGCAUUAGAAGAAAGUACUAAGUAUUUGCCUAAUGAGGAUAAUUUUAUUGAAGUAUAUGAUGAUGAUGACAAUGAUGAUGAAAAUACAGAUGAUUUAUUUCCCAAUGUUUUUCCAGCAUUAGGUUCUGAGAAAAGAAAAAGUGAUAGUGCUGAAAAUUUUUCAAAUUUUAGUCUUUGGAAAGAUCGUUUUUAUAAUGAUGAUGACGAUGAUGAUGAUUACUUAGAUAAAGAAGGCACUUACUCAUUAUGGUCAACUCCAUCAUCAAUUUCAAUUUUACCAUUAGAACCUAAUGAAAAAACUAUAGAUUACAGUUUUGAUGAUAAUCAUUCUUUUCCUUGGGGUUUAGAUGAGUCAAAAAAUUUUGAUGAAUCAUGCCAUUAUAUUCAACAUAAUCACUGGUGUUCUGAUGAUUGCAUUCAUUCUUCUCUUGAAACUAAAACAUCUCUGAAUAAAACUAAAUGUACACUCACUUAUCAUAAAGGUGAGAGUCUCUUUGUAGAAGUUACUCCUUCUCCUAAACCCAAAGCUGUAACUGAAAUAAAUAAAAUUUCUUUUGAAAGAGAAUCCACAGAACGUGAUUUACUUGAACCACCAACAUCAGAUUCUGAUGAUCUUCUCACUUCUCCAAAGACCCAUUUUCAGCCAAUUCAUCAGGAUUCUUUAGAGAUGGAAAAUGUAGAUGAUAAUGUAACAAUGAUGCUUACUAUAAAUGCAGAUUCACCAGAAGAAUGUGAAUUCGAUAAUCUAAUUAUUUUACCUGAUGCAGAAAAUGAUUUAGAAAUUCAAAAUAAGCAUGAUUAUUUAUUAGAAAUGGAUGAAUAUUUACCAAAAAAAGCAGAUAUUUUUUAUGAUAUGCAAGAAAUGCAAAAUGAUAUUCAACCAGCUUCAUUUAAAGAACUGCCUGAAAAAAAUAAGUUUGAAAGUGACAAGAAAGUUUAUAAUGAUGAUAUAGAAUUGAGCAAUUUAGAUAUAUCAGAAUUUGUACAAAUGUGGAAAAAUAAUUAUUAUAAAGAAAAAGCAACCAAUACAGAAAUACCAAAUUUUGAUUGUGUUAGUAGUCAACCUCCAGUUGAAGAUUUAAAUGAAAUAAGAAAUCUUAUUGAAAAACUUAGUUCAUUUGACAGUAAUAAAGAAAUAAAUACUUCUGAAGAACAAUUUCUCUGUUCUGAAAAUAUAUCUGAAAGUGUAGAAAUGUGGAGAUGGAGUACUAAUGAUAGUAGUGAUGAUUGGAAUCUAAAUGAAAAUGCUUUUACAUCAUGGCAAAAUAUUAAUAAUCUAAAUGAUAUUAUAUCAUCAAAAGAUGUAGAAAAAUUGGAUAAUAAAAACAAUCUUGAAGCAUUAAAGAAAGAAAUUGAAGAGGAAGAGGAUGAACUGUUCAGAGAUAUUACUAGACUUAAGAAUGAAACUUGCAGUAGUAAUGUUGAAAGUCCAGAAACAAUUUUUGGCACUUAUUGUGGAUAUGAAAAUGAAUAUUUUUUGGAAAGCAAACAAUGGAGUGAAGAUUUGGAAAUACCUGAUUUUUAUUAUGAUUACAAUGGUGGAAAACAAGACUAUAGUGGUUGGGAUUCUUCAGAUUCCAAAGCUUACUCUGAUCAGUUUAAUAGUUCUCUUGGCCUUCGCAAUUCAGAUUUGGAAAGUGGAAGUAUGUUUCCAUUGGUGCCAGCAGAUAAAGUUCUUUACUCGUCGGAUCUCGAAGAUGAAUGGAGGCGUAGUAGUCGUUCUUUUAGCACUCCUCAUAAUCGAAAAAUCAAAAACAGACAUAAAAUAAUAUCUCAAAAAAAGCCAUGCAGUUUCUAUUUGGAAGGAAGUUGUCGUCGUAGUGAUUGCAAGUACUCUCAUGAUUUGAGUAAAAUAACAUGCCGAUUCUGGGAAGAAGGAUCAUGUUUUAAAGGAAUUACAUGUCCAUUUCUCCAUGGAUAUUCAAGUGAAGGAAGUUUUAGACAUGAAGAAUGUCGUCAUAGAAAGUGUAAUUAUACUUUGGAUUCAGAAACCGAUUUUCCGUCUCUUUCAACGUCAGCUCCGCAGGACACAGAGAGAGAAAUUUCCAAAGAUAUUUUAAGUAAAUGUAUACGCCGGAAGAGAAGACGAGGAAAAGUGCAGCAUGGAUUACCUAUUUCUAGCAGCUGGCCUCAACAGAAGGGAAAUAAGCAUUAAAUAUUAGGAUCUAAAAUUAAUUUAUCCUUCCCAUCAAACAUAAAAUAAUUGAAAAUUUUAUUUCCAAUUUAUUCUCAGAUUUAAUGUAGCUGUGCAAUGUUUUGUUUGUUUUUCUAUUCCAUAAUCCUAGUCAGCCAGUUAAUAUCCUAAUAAUGUUGUUCUUUAUUUUUCUGUUUGUUCCAAUAAAAUCUUACAAACUAAAAAAUAAAUAAAUUAAAAAAAAAACCAAAAAUAAAUAAAUAAACUAAUGUUGAGUGGAAUUAACAUUCCUCCAUUAGUUCAAAAAAGUAUUGACCAAAGGUAACUCUUUUGAGGGAUCGUGUUUGGGUUGCCCUUGAUGAAACUCUAUUGUUAUAAGAUAUGCAGAAUUUAAUAUUAUAUCAAAUCAAGAGUAAAAUAAUAAAUUUACUCGUUUCUGCACAUCUAUGAGUGAAGUUUGCAUUGCCCAAUGAGCAAUGGUAUAACACGAUCCCGAGUUCUCUCAAAUUUGAAGGGGAAUGAAAUCAUCAAAUCUAUAUGAUUAAUAGUUUAUUUAUUGUUGAAUUUGAUUUAACAAAGUCUAGUCACUAAUGGCAUUAAAUCAGUUUUUCUUUUGUUUUCAAAGUCAUCAAAAGAAACAAAUUUUAUUUUUGAUGUCAAAUUUAAAUCAAGCAAAUGCAUACUUUGAUCUAAUCAAAAUGUUUAAAGUCAUUUGCAACAUAGUCUGUUGUUACUUAACAAUAUGUAUCCCCUUCAUUUAUCUUACAAUAAAAAGACAGAGAGAGCUUAA